GCACGCUGACUUCCCUUGUUGCUGGGGCUUGUAGUUCUUUCCGGUCGUGUCCUCUUGUAAGGCGACGGCGAUAGUUGUAUUUGGAGCCCGAGGAUGUAAGGCGUGGUUUUCAGUUUUUGGCAAAGCAGAAAAAAUUCAGGUCACUAGGCUGGCUGAAUUCUUUGUCUUAUCUGUCAGCUUCUACUUUACAACGGGUCACAAACAUGUCUGACAAAAGUGAAUUAAAGGCUGAAUUGGAACGUAAGAAGCAGCGGUUGGCCCAAAUCAGAGAGGAAAAGAAGAGAAAAGAAGAAGAAAGGAAAAAAAAAGAAACUGAUCAGAAGAAGGAAGCUGUUGCUCCUGUCCAAGAAGAAUCAGAUCUUGAAAAAAAGAGAAGAGAAGCUGAAGCAUUGCUUCAAAGCAUGGGGCUAACUCCAGAAUCCCCCAUUGUCCCUCCUCCUAUGUCUCCAUCCUCCAAAUCUGUGAGCACGCCAAGUGAAGCUGGAAGCCAAGACUCUGGAGAUGGUGCUGUGGGAUCUAGGACGCUGCAUUGGGAUACAGAUCCAUCAGUUCUUCAGCUUCACUCAGAUUCCGAUUUGGGACGCGGACCUAUUAAGCUUGGAAUGGCUAAAAUUACACAAGUUGAUUUUCCUCCUCGAGAAAUCGUCACAUAUACAAAGGAAACUCAGACUCCAGUUAUGGCUCAACCCAAAGAAGAUGAAGAAGAAGAUGAUGAUGUAGUAGCUCCUAAACCACCUAUUGAACCUGAAGAAGAGAAAACUUUAAAGAAAGAUGAGGAAAAUGAUAGUAAAGCUCCCCCUCAUGAGCUGACUGAAGAAGAAAAGCAACAAAUCUUGCAUUCUGAGGAAUUCUUAAGUUUCUUUGACCAUUCUACAAGAAUUGUAGAAAGAGCUCUUUCUGAGCAGAUUAACAUCUUCUUUGACUAUAGUGGGAGAGAUUUAGAAGACAAAGAAGGAGAAAUUCAAGCAGGUGCUAAACUAUCAUUAAAUCGACAAUUUUUUGAUGAACGUUGGUCAAAGCAUCGUGUUGUUAGUUGUUUGGAUUGGUCAUCUCAGUAUCCAGAGUUACUUGUGGCUUCCUAUAACAAUAAUGAAGAUGCCCCUCAUGAACCUGAUGGUGUGGCCCUUGUGUGGAACAUGAAAUAUAAAAAAACUACCCCAGAGUAUGUAUUUCACUGCCAGUCAGCUGUGAUGUCUGCAACAUUUGCAAAAUUUCAUCCAAAUCUUGUUGUUGGUGGUACAUAUUCAGGCCAAAUUGUGCUUUGGGAUAACCGUAGCAAUAAAAGAACUCCAGUGCAAAGAACUCCACUGUCAGCUGCUGCACACACACACCCUGUAUAUUGUGUAAAUGUUGUUGGAACCCAAAAUGCUCACAAUCUGAUUAGCAUCUCUACUGAUGGAAAAAUUUGUUCAUGGAGUCUGGACAUGCUUUCCCAUCCACAGGAUAGCAUGGAGUUGGUUCAUAAACAGUCAAAGGCAGUAGCUGUGACUUCUAUGUCCUUCCCUGUUGGAGAUGUCAACAACUUUGUUGUUGGGAGUGAAGAAGGUUCUGUGUAUACAGCAUGCCGCCAUGGCAGCAAAGCUGGAAUCAGUGAGAUGUUUGAGGGACAUCAGGGACCAAUCACUGGCAUCCACUGUCAUGCAGCUGUUGGAGCGGUAGACUUCUCACAUCUUUUUGUCACUUCAUCAUUUGACUGGACAGUAAAACUUUGGACAACUAAGAAUAACAAGCCUUUGUAUUCAUUUGAAGAUAAUUCAGACUAUGUUUACGAUGUUAUGUGGUCACCCACCCACCCAGCCCUUUUUGCCUGUGUGGAUGGCAUGGGGAGACUGGAUUUGUGGAACCUCAAUAAUGACACAGAGGUUCCAACUGCCAGCAUUUCCGUGGAGGGCAAUCCUGCUCUUAAUCGUGUAAGAUGGACUCAUUCUGGAAGAGAGAUUGCCGUGGGUGAUUCUGAAGGACAGAUUGUUAUAUAUGAUGUGGGAGAGCAGAUUGCUGUUCCCCGCAAUGAUGAAUGGGCACGAUUUGGCCGAACACUUGCAGAAAUUAAUGCAAAUCGAGCUGAUGCAGAAGAGGAAGCAGCCACCCGAAUACCUGCAUAGUUCCUGAAAAGGGGAGUGUAGUCUUAGUGGUUUGGGGGAGACGCUUAGUAGAUCCUAAGACGGUUUGCAUGCUCUGCCUAAAUAAUUAAAAGGAAAUUUCAUGGACUGAACUGUGGAUUUAAUGCUACAAGGAAAUCUUACAAUGUCCCUUUUUGUAUAACAUGUAUCUUGUUUUGGAUUUCUGUCAUUUUUAGUACCCCUGAUUGACUUUACAGAAUGUAGCCUUUUCGGAAUUCUAGCACAGGUGUAUAUUUGGUAUUAGUUAUUCUUCUGAAAUCUUUUCAACUUGUAACACUAUAUACAGUUAUUUCUAAAGCACAGAUUAAAUAAGUUCUGCAUAUUUUUAAAUAAUCACAAGUCCCUAUUAUAUUGAUAAUGUUCUCACUAACAAUAAUAUGUAGGAACAUUGUUUGUUCUUAGCCAAAGCAUGCAAACACCUUUCCAAAUUUCAUGCUAACAUUCUUUGUCUUCUUUGUAAUUCAUGUGGUGGUUAUCUAUAAAUAAAAACAAAUAUGCAUUAA